AUGAAACUAACGGAUCAGGGAACCGCUGACCUUGGAAAAUCGACAGCUGAAGUUGCAGGCCUUAGCUUCAAUCAAGAGGGAUCUAAAAUCGAAAACAGCGAGAAUCCACUUCAAAAGGAACGAAGGCGGAUAGCAGACGAAGAAAGGUUGUCACCUCUAAAAGGAUUUAUUUCCCUCAAAGACGCAAGAACUAAAGAUGGAGAAGAUAUAAUCGCUAUGAAUCCCUCGAAGAUUCCCAGUAAAAGAGAUUUCACAGGGAGGAAGGAAUACAAUGAAAUAAUGGCCCGUCUGUUGUUAUGCCAACAACUUUUUUCAACAGGUCACAUUUUAAUAUGUGAGGGUGAAUCUGGCCAACUGAGAUGCAACAAAGAGGGAAAGAUAAACGUUCUGUCUGCAAACUAUGGCAGGCUAGAUUCUCACUCAUGUCCUCACUGGAUGACUACUGACACCAACUGCCACUCAGGGAAUUCUCUUGCUCAAGUGCAGCAAAUCUGCCAAAGUAAUUCUACCUGUGAGCUGGAAGCAACUAAUGUGUUUUUUGGAGGUGAUCCAUGCAUGGGAACAUAUAAGUAUCUAUUUGUCGAAUAUCAAUGUCAAUGA